CAAUGAGAUCAGAGAUGGGAGGGAGUUUGCAGAACUCCCAGCUUUGUCCCAAGUUAGUGGGACUCCUCCUGAGUGCAAUAUGAGUGAAACGCCUGCACCGUUAUUCCACGGGACGGUGCGUAAAGCGGACUUUGGAUAAACUUUUUACGCAUCACAAAGGGAGCCGGCAGUUACUGUUUUCUCAUACAAAAAAUAGGGGACUGUAAGCAUUCCUUCCUGAGCAUGUUUGUCCUCCUGAAGAGCUGAAGUGAGACUUCCCUGAUCACACCGUUCAGAGAGGAUUUAGUUACGCUGGAUUUGUGCGCUGCGCAGGAUAAACUUGUGGGCACUUCGUGGGAAGAGGCGCGCCGCGGUUCUCGUCUCCCAUUUAGUUUCUUUGCAAUUUUUUUUAUUUUUUAUUUUUUACUGGAUUUAAACAUGUUUUAGCGACUUCUCCAAGCUGAAUAAAGUGGAUGCAUCUUAGGCAUGGACUCUGUCUGAAAAAGGAGGACCGGAUUACUGAGAAUGGCGCGCGCAGGUAGGAGUUUAGACCGGCUGCAUUUGAUUUUGCUCAUGCUCUGGACUUUGUCCCAGGACUCAGCAUCCAGUCAAGUCCGACAAGAGUUCCAGGUCCUGGAGGAGCAGCCCGUCGGCACCUAUGUGGGCACGAUAGAAACCAAACCCAGCUUCACGUACCGCUUCAGCGAGAACCACAGACUUUUUGCAAUUAACGGCACCACGGGAGUCAUUUACACCUCGUCAGUGAUUGACAGAGAAAUUCUGCAGAGUGAUGUCAUCAACGUGGUGGUGCUGUCCAGUCAGCCCACCUACCCCACUGAGGUCAGGAUCAUAGUGUUGGAUAUAAAUGAUAAUUCUCCAGUGUUCCCGGACGCGUCCAUCGUGGUGUCCUUUAAGGAGGAUGCGAGCAGCGGCCGGCAGGUGAUCCUGGACACGGCCACAGACUCAGACAUAGGAAGUAACGGAGUUGAUCACACCACCUACAGAAUCGUGAAAGGCAACGAGCAGAGGAAAUUCCGUUUGGAUAUUACAGUCAACCCUAGCGGGGAGGGGGCAUUCCUGCACCUUGUUUCCACCGGAGGCUUGGACAGGGAGGUGACCCCCUUCUACCAGCUUCUGGUUGAGGUGGAAGACAAAGGAGAACCCAAAACGUUUGGCUACUUGCAAGUAAAUGUCACCAUUCAAGACAUAAAUGACAACCCACCGAUUUUUGACCAAGAGCAAUACCAAGCCAGUGUUUUUGAGGAUGCGGCAGUAGGGUCGAGCAUUCUGGAGAUCACAGCAUCAGAUCAGGAUGAGGGGGCCAAUGCUGAGAUUAGGUACUUUCUGGAUGAGGGGUCUCCUUUUCAAAUUGACCCCAAAGCCGGUACUGUGGUUAUAAAAGAGGGUUUGGAUUAUGAGAGCAAAAAAGAGUACUCUUUGACCAUACACGCGGUGGACAACGGGGUGCCUGCCCUGUCAGGCCGGACAGAAGCCACCAUCAAACUGUUGGAUGUGAACGAUAAUGACCCAGUGGUUAAGUUUCGCUACUUCCCCACCACUUCCAAAUUUGCCUCUGUUGAUGAAAAUGCACAGAUUGGCACUGUGGUGGCUUUGCUGACCGUAUCAGAUUCUGACUCGCCUACAGCUAAUGGUAACAUAUCGGUUUCCAUCUUAGGAGGCAACGAGCAGAGACACUUUGAAGUUCACACUUCUCCAGUGCCUAAUUUGAGUUUGAUCAAAGUGGCCAGUGUGUUGGAUAGAGAGCGAAUUUCCUCUUACAACCUGACCGUGUCUGUGUCCGACAACGGCAAACCCAUGGCCAGGUCCUCUUUUGCCAGUCUGGUUAUUUUUGUUAAUGAUAUCAAUGAUCACCCGCCCAUAUUUCAGGAAAUGCUGUACAGAGUAGAUAUCAGUGAAGACAUACCAAAAGGCAGCUACAUUAAAGGGGUUUCUGCAACAGAUGGUGACUCUGGGCAGAAUGCCAACCUGCGCUACUCCCUUGUGUCUGGAAAUGCUUUAGGCUGGUUUUCCAUCAGUGAAAACAGCGGUCUGGUUACCAGUGCCGCCUUACUGGAUAGGGAAAUAGCAUCUGAAAUAGUUCUCAACAUUAGUGCCAAAGAUCAGGGGCUGCAGCCGAAAAUCUCUUACACCAAACUCAUAGUCAACAUCACUGAUGUGAACGACCAAGUGCCCACAUUUACACAGAGCACAUAUCACAUUUCCCUGGUAGAGCACGCCCCUGCCGGCACGGAGCUGCUGGUGCUGUCUGCCUCAGAUGACGACCUCGGGGCCAAUGGAACGAUCCGGUUCUCGUUUGAUGCAGACACUCCAGCCGGCAUCCAGGAGCUGUUUCGCCUGGACGCCGUGUCAGGCCACUUAAGCACAGCCGUGGAGCUUGACAGGGAGGAUCAGGCCACCUACUUACUCCACAUCCAGGCAGCAGAUUCAGGCAGCCCCCCUUUGCACUCUGUUGGAAAAGUCAACAUCACCGUGAAGGAUAUCAAUGACAACAGGCCCGUUUUCUACCCUGUGCAGUACUUUGCCAAUGUGAAAGAGAACGAGCCCUCGGGCUCUUAUGUAACCACAGUUUCAGCCACAGACCCUGAUUUGGGUAGAAAUGGCACAGUCAAAUAUAUAAUUACGGCUGGAGACACGUCCAAAUUCCGCAUUAAUAGCAACACGGGGAAAAUCGCCACGCUCAUCCCACUGGAUAGGGAAGAAAAAACUGCCUACCAGCUACAGGUGACAGCUGCAGAUGGCGAUGGCCUGCGCUCACACACCCACUCCAUUGUGACUGUAACAGUCACAGACAUGCAGGAUAACCCUCCAGUCUUUAGUCAGAGAGCCUACAGUUUUGUCAUGUUUGAGAACGUGGCUGUUGAGACGGUUAUAGGCACCGUGUCGGCGACCACUGUAGAUCUGAACACAAAUAUCACAUACCUAAUCACAUCAGGGGAUCAGAGGGGGCUUUUUGCUAUAAAUGACAUAGGUCAGAUCACAGCAUCAAGUCAGAUAGACCGAGAGGAGCAGGGUUUUUAUCAGCUCAAAGUUGUAGCCAGAGCUGGGGAGAUCACAGGAGAAGCUUUCGUUAAUGUCACGGUGAAGGACUUAAACGACAAUGCUCCUCAUUUUAUUCACGCUAUGGAGCAUGUCAGCGCAGUUGAAAAUUGGAGCACAGGGCACGUCAUAUUCCAGGCUAAAGCCUCAGAUCCCGAUGAAGGUAUGAAUGGUAUGGUGGUCUACAGCCUCAAACAAAACCCCAGUGACCUGUUCCACAUUCAUGAGAAGCACGGGCUGAUCACACUGACCAGGCCGCUGGAGGUCACCAUGAGUUCCUAUGAGAUUGAGGUUAUAGCGUCGGACAUGGGGGUUCCUCAACACACGUCCAGCCUCAUACUCAUCGUUAGCGUUUAUGACGUCAAUGACAACUCCCCUGUGUUUGAUCAGCUGUCGUAUGAGGUCAUCAUCUUGGAGUCUGAGCCUGUCAACAGCCGCUUUUUUAAAGUGGAGGCCAGUGACAAAGACUCUGGCCUUAAUGGCGAGAUCAUGUACGACAUUGCAGGUGGCAAUACAGGUGAUGUCUUCGGCAUUUUUCCAGACGGGCAGCUGUACAUCAAAGCAGAGCUGGACAGAGAGGUACAGGAUCGAUAUAACUUAUUGAUCAUGGCCACAGACAGAGCAGUGGAGCCGCUGUGCGCCAGCGUCAAUGUUAGCGUGAUUUUAGAUGACGUAAACGACAACCGUCCUCUCUUCAACAGCACAAAUUACGUCUUCCAUUUUGAGGAAGAGCAGAAGAGGGGGUCACUCGUCGGACGAGUUUUUGCUGAAGAUAAAGACUUUGGUGCAAACAGUGAGGUCAGAUAUUCAUUUGAGACUCCGCAGCCCAACUUUGAGUUGAACACAAUCACGGGGGAGUUGACCAGCACGCUGCGGUUAGACCGCGAGUUGCUCAUGAGACAAAGAGGCGCUGCAGUGUUCAGCUUUGCAGUCGUCUCAUCAGACCAGGGUCUCCCUAAACCCCUCAGAGACCAGGCCAAAGUGCAAGUUUACAUUCAAGACAUCAACGAUAACUCACCCAAAUUCACCAAAGACAUUUACCAGGCCUCCAUCUCUGAGUCGGCGCAAAACAUGACACAACUGCUACGGGUCUCUGCCUCUGAUGUGGACGAGAGCAAAAAUGGACUGGUUUACUAUCACAUCACUGAGGGCAAUGAGGAGGGACACUUCACCAUUGAUGAUGCCUCUGGACAGAUUACUCUAGUUGGAAAGUUGGACUAUGAAUCUACGUCCUCCUACUUCCUGAAAAUCAUAGCUGUUGAUGCUGGAGCUGUGCCCUUGUCAUCCUCUUGUAUGCUCAGCAUCAGCAUCCUGGAUGAGAAUGACAACGCCCCCUCCUUCCCGAAAGCUUCACUGUCUGUGGAUGUACUAGAGAACAUGAGGAUCGGUGAGCUGGUGGCCUCUGUGACCGCCACUGACGCCGAUUCUGGCCAGAAUGCUGACAUAACGUACAGCAUCACGGCCUCAAACAACCACGGCACUUUCAGCAUCAGCCCCAACACCGGCAGCAUUUUUCUGGUUAAAAAGCUUGACUUUGAAACUCAGUCGCUUUACAAACUCAACAUCACAGCAAAAGACAACGGCAGACCGUCCCACUCAUCAUGCAUUCCUGUGGUCAUUCAUGUCAGAGAUUUUAAUGACAACCCUCCCAUAUUUUCUCCAGGUGAUAUUUUCAAGUCCAUCCCUGAAAACCUUCCCCUCCUAGCCUCUGUCAUGACGAUUACAGCUCAUGACACAGAUGCAGACAUAAACGGGCAGUUAGAAUACUCCAUUGUCCAGCAGAUUCCCAGAGGAAGCCACUUCAGCAUCGACCCAAGCACCGGGCUCAUAUACACCAGCAAGGAAAUCGACAGGGAGUUCUCCAAUCUGUUUGAACUGACAAUCAAAGCCACCGAUCAGGCUGUUCCUGCAGAAUUCCGCCGCUUUGCCCUGAAGAAUGUCACAAUAUGGGUCACGGACCAGAAUGAUAAUAUUCCCAUGUUCGUGUCCCAGAACGCCCUGGUGGCAGAGCCCAACAUUCUCAUUGGUUCCAUCCUUACAACAGUGGCAGCUGUUGACCCCGACGAGGGUGAAAAUGGGGAGGUGGAGUACGAGCUUGUGGAAGGGGACUCUGACACUUUCAUCAUGGAUCGGUACAGUGGGGACAUUCGCCUGGCCUCCCAGCUGGUACAGUCCAAGCUCAUGUACACCCUGACGGUAUCCGCUACAGACCACGGCACUGAACGCAAGGCCUCCAGAACAGAGCUGACCAUCAUCCUGCAGGGGAUCGAUGGGCCGGUUUUCUCCCAGCCUAAAUACAUCACCAUCCUCAAAGAGGGACAACCGCCGGGCACCAACGUGAUCUCCCUGGAUGCCUCGAGCCCGCGGGGCUCUGCCACCAAAGUGGAGUAUUUCAUCGUGGCGGUGCACAGCGGCGGGAAAGCUGUAGGGCGCCUGUUCACCAUCGGGCGUCACACUGGAGUGAUACAGACGGCGGCAGAGCUGGACCGAGAACAAGGCUCCGACCUCUACCUGGUGGAUGUAUACGCCAUAGAGGCCGACGCCAGCCAGCCGAGGACGCAGCGUGCUGAGGUGGAGAUUACACUGCAGGACGUCAAUGACAACCCGCCUGUUUUCCCCAAGGAUAUUCUUGAUGUGACCAUUGAGGAGAACAUCGGAGAUGGCUUCAAGAUAAUGCAGCUAACAGCCACGGAUGCAGACGAGGGUCCAAAUGCUCUUGUGACAUAUACCAUCAUCAGUGGGGCUGAUGAUAGUUUUCGGAUUGACCCUGAAUCUGGCGAUCUGAUUGCCACCAAGAAGCUGGAUCGGGAACGCCGUUCAAAAUAUUCCCUUCUGGUACGUGCUGAUGAUGGAAAACAGUCGUCUGACAUGAGGCUGAACAUCACCGUCAAAGACGUCAACGACCACAUCCCCAAGUUCUCACGUGCUACAUACUCGUUUGAUAUCCCCGAAGACACGACACCAGGCUCCAUCGUGGCAGCGAUUCUGGCCAGCGACUCUGACUCAGGGGUGAACGGCGAGGUCACUUACUCGCUGGAGGAAGAUGACGAGGACGGUACCUUCCUUCUGAAUCCGGUGACGGGAGUUUUCAACGUGACACGCUCACUGGACUUUGAAAUGCAGCAGUACUAUAUUCUGACCGCGAAGGCCCAGGAUGGCGGCGGACAAGCGAGUGUUGUCAGGGUUUAUUUCAAUGUCCUGGAUGUCAACGACAACCCGCCGAUCUUUAACACCACCGUGUACAGUGCCUCUGUGUCAGAGAGUCUGCCGCCUGGCUCCAGCAUCGUCACUGUCGGGGCCAGUGACGCUGAUGACGGUACAAAUGCUGAGCUCUUCUACAGCAUUGCAUCCGGUGACCCCCAGGGCCAAUUCGAAAUCACCAAGGAUGGAAUCCUCCAGAGUAAGAAGGAUUUGGACAGGGAAACCCAAUCCUUCUAUAACUUGGUCCUUACUGUCAACGACAUGGCUCCGCCUCCUGUGACCCGCUUCACCAGCACUGCCCAGGUAUCAAUCAUUCUCCUGGAUGUCAAUGACUGCCCACCAACAUUCAUAUCCCAGAAGAUGACCUACAUCCAGGAGAACACACCCGUAGAUACGGUUGUCUUUACUGCCCAAGCCGCAGAUGCUGAUAGCGGUCCCAACAGUUACAUCGAGUACUCCCUCCGAGGACCUUUUGGCAAUAAGUUCAGCAUCGGAACAAUCGAUGGAGAUGUCAGACUGGUUGGGGAACUUGAUCGGGAGGAGCUUUCCAACUAUACUGUCACAGUCAUAGCCACAGAUAAAGGUGAACCUCCCUUGUCUUCAACCAUGGAUGUGACUAUGAUGGUUCUAGAUGUCAAUGAUAACACGCCAAGCUUUUCACAGAAUAUCUACGACAUAGAGAUUGAGGAGGACACUUUGACAGGGACUGACGCCAUCCAGGUUUUUGCCAGCGAUGCAGACGAGGGCAGCAAUGGGCAGAUCCGGUUUUCUAUUUCAGGGGGCAACACUAACUCUGAUUUCAGAAUUGAUUCUGUCACAGGGAUGAUUUCGGUUGCCAAACAGCUGGACCGUGAGGUGAGGACAUCUUACUCACUGGUGGUCCAAGCUACCGAUCGAGGCAGCAGCCCGAGGACAGACCGGGCAACAGUCAACAUUGUGUUGCUGGAUGUCAACGACUGCUCGCCCGUGUUUGAGCUCUCGCCUUACACUGUGAAUGUUGAAGAGAACAUGGAGAACCUACCACGAAACAUUCUCCAGGUUGUUGCCAGAGAUGAUGACCAAGCUGCUAACGGCCAGCUAAGCUACAUGCUAAGUGGUGGGAAUGAAGAUGGAGCAUUCAGUCUGUCAUCGAGUGGACAGCUAAGCCUGACUCAGACUCUGGACCGCGAGAUUCAGGGGAAGUACACGCUGCUGAUCACUGCAACUGAUUCAGGUUCUCCGUCUCUGAGUGGAACUGGAACGGUGACAGUUCUGGUCGAUGACGUGAAUGAUAACGUCCCUCUUUUCACCUCCUUCACUUUCCAUACAACCAUCAUGGAGGACGCGCCAACAGGGACGGACGUGCUUUUGGUCAACAGCUCAGAUGUAGAUGUUGGGGUCAAUGGCGUUAUAAGUUACAGUUUGACCGGAGGACACGGCCAGUUUUCCAUCAACCCCGCCACAGGACAGAUCAUCACCAGCUCCCUGCUGGACCGAGAAGACCGUGCCAAUUACCAGCUGCUGGUGGUGGCAACAGAUGGAGGACAGCCCGAGGGCCUGUCCAGCUCUGCCACUGUGUCCGUGACGGUCGCCGACAUCAAUGACAACCCGCCUCGCUUCCACCACCAUCCCUACGUCACCCACAUCCCCGCCUCCACUGCAGCAGGCUCCUUGGUGUUUGCCGUCACCGUGACUGAUGAGGACUCAGGUUCCAACGCCCAGCUGCAUUACUCCCUGAUGGGGCGCAACUCAGACAAAUUCAAGAUCGAUCCCGUGAGAGGUGCUAUUACAGCCAACGAAAAGCUGACGGGAAGCUCAGAGGUCACCCUCACAGUGCGAGUAAAAGAUGGCAGCGUGAAUCCCAAAAUGGAUACAACGACCGUCACCGUCCGCUUUGUUAAUGGAGGAAAUUUCCCCGUAAUAAAGCUGAACGAGCACGCGUUCAUAUUCCCCGAGAGCCAACCAACAAACUACGUUGUUACAAUGGUGACGGGGUCUUCCGUGAGGGGAGGACCACUGUCUUACUACAUUGCAAGUGGAAACCUGGAUAAUGCUUUUCAUGUAGACCAGCUAUCAGGAGAACUGUCAAUCAGGCACCCACUGGAUUAUGAGCACAUUCAGAAAUAUGUUCUCUGGAUUGAGGCCAGAGACCAGGGCUUCCCACCUUAUUCUUCUUAUGAGAAAGUGGAAAUAAUGGUGCUGGACGUAAAUGACAAUCAGCCUGUGUUUGAUAAAGAUCCCUUCCAUGCUGAGAUACUGGAGAACCUGUCACCUCAGAAGGUGCUGGUGGUCUCCGCCAUUGACCUGGACAGUGGACCUAAUGGACAGCUGGAUUACGCCAUCAUGGAUGGCAACAGGGACAACAGCUUCAGCAUUAACCGGGGCACUGGUGAAAUAAGGACCACCAGGCCACUGGAUCGGGAAAAGGUGGCUCAGUAUGCUUUAAAAAUCAAAGCCACCGAUCGGAGGUCACCACCAAAAAGCUCAGUGGUCAAAGUGCUAAUCAGUGUACUUGAUGUGAAUGACAACGCCCCCAGGUUUUCCAAGAUAUUUAGCGCCACAGUUGCUGAAAAUGCUCCAGUAGGUUUUACGGUCACCAGAGUCACUACCACGGAUGAGGAUGCUGGUGCAAACGCCAUUAGCAGAUAUUCAAUCACAGAUAACAGCCUUCCUUUUAAUAUUAAUCCAAACACGGGCGACAUAACGAUCAGCAGGCCACUGAAUAGAGAAGAUAGCGAUCAUUAUAUUGUCAAAGUGUCGGCCCAUGAUUCUGGCUGGACCGUAAGCACAGACGUCACAAUAUUCAUCACAGAUAUUAAUGAUAAUGCCCCAAGAUUUAGUCGGCCCUCUUACUAUCUGGACUAUCCUGAGCUGACAGAGGUGGGUUCUCUGGUCACACAGGUGUCUGCCUCAGACCCUGACGAGGGCAUCAACGGUAAAAUAUUCUUUUUUAUCCGGUCCCAGUCAGAGUAUUUCAGAAUUAACUCCAGCUCUGGAGAGAUAUUUGUGAAGCAGCAGUUAAAAUAUCAGAACUCAUCUGGUGCCAGUAGCAUGAACAUUAAUCGCCACAGCUUCAUUGUCACGGCCUCCGACCGUGCAGUCAAGCCAUUGAUGAGUGAGACAACUGUAAUCAUCAACAUUGUAGAUAGCAAUGAUAAUCCUCCAGAGUUUGAUUCCCCACGCUACUUCACUCCUGUCACCAAAAGUGUGAAGGUUGGCACCAGACUUAUUAGGGUGGUAGCCCAUGAUAAGAAAGACUUUGGUCUGAACUCUGAGGUUGAGUAUGUAAUAUCAGGUGGAAACAGCUCCAAUAAAUUCAGACUAGAUCAAACAAGCGGGUGGGUUACGGUUGCAUCCUCUCUAACAUCUGAUAUGAAUAAAGUCUUUCUCAUCGAUGUAAUAGCCAGCGACAGAGGAAACCCACCGUUGUCAGCACGGACAUCAGUGCGAGUGGCCAUCACGGAGGAAAACCAUCACACGCCCGAGUUUUCACAAAACCAAAUCUCAGCUACAGUGCCCGAGAGCCUCGCUGUUGGAACAGCAAUAAGGACAGUAUCAGCCAGAGACAAAGACAAAGAAAUGAACGGUCUUAUCACGUACAGUAUUACAUCAGGAAACGAAAAGGGCCUGUUUGCUCUAAAUAGUAAAACUGGAGUCUUAUCCCUCGCUCAGCCGCUGGACUUUGAGGAGAAGCAGCAACAUGAUCUCAGAGUUUCAGCCACUGAUGGCGGUUGGAUUGCCAAAACCAGCUAUGUGAGCGUGACUAUUCAUGUGACGGAUGUCAAUGACAAUCCGCCUGUGUUUGAUCCUGAUGAGUAUUUUCCCAUUGUGCAGGAGAACGUUCCCAGUGGCACCACUGUGGUCAAAAUGAACGCUAUAGAUCGUGAUUCAGGAGCAAAUGCAGUCAUGGCGUAUGUGAUACAGUCGUCAGACAGUGACCUCUUUGUUAUUGAUCCAAACACGGGCACCAUCACCACCCAGGGCUUCUUGGAUUACGAGACUAAGCAGGUUUACCACUUAACAGUAAAGGCUUUCAACGUCCCAGAUGAGGAGCGUUGCAGCUUUGCCAAUGUCAAUAUUCAUCUGAAGGGAGCCAAUGAAUACGUCCCGCGCUUUGUUUCCAAACAGUACUACUUUGAAAUAUCUGAAGCUGCUCCAAAAGGCACAGUGGUUGGGGAAGUUUUCGCCAGUGAUCGAGACCAAGGUGAUGAUGGAGUGGUUUACUACCUCAUUUUUGGGAAGAGCAGAAGGAAAGGCUUUGGCAUAAACAAGAAAACAGGCCAGAUUUAUGUCACAGGUACUUUAGAUCGUGAGAAAGAGGAAAAGAUCUCACUGAAAGUCUUAGCAAAGAAUAUGGGAAGCAUCCAUGGGUCAGAUAUUGAUGAGGUAUUUGUCAACAUCACAAUCCUUGAUGCCAAUGAUCCUCCUGUUUUUAGUCAAGAACUGUAUGAUGUGCAGGUUAGCGAAGGUCUCUCACCCGGUGGUCUGGUUAUCUUUGUUAGUGCUGAGGACUCAGACUCUGUCCCAAGCUGGAGCAGAUUUUCAUACUCUAUUUCUCCUGAGUUUGACAAAAAUGUUUUCACUAUCAACUCCAAAACGGGCCAAGUGUCUGUAGCUGCAGAGCUCGACAGAGAGAAAAUUCCUGUGUACAAUCUCAUAGUGUUUGCUGUAGAUACUGGGUCACCUCCCGCAACUGGAAGUGCCACCAUAAUUAUUAAUCUGGAAGAUAUCAACGAUAAUGGUCCAACAUUGACAACGGUCUACGCUGACGUAAUGGAGAACCAGAGGGCUGGCACUCCAGUUACAACACUUUCAGCCUUUGAUGCAGACCUACCACCAAACCAAGGCCCCUUCCUAUACAGUCUCCUCGCUUCUGGCUCUGCCAACAUCUACUUCAUCCUCAAGCCAUCCGGAGUGCUCACCACCAGUCGGGAAAUCGAUCGAGAACAGAUAAGUGACUUCUACCUCUCUGUUUUGAUUAAGGACUCAGGUGUGCCUCAGAUGUCCUCAACUGGUACAAUUCAUGUUAAAAUCAAUGAUCAGAAUGACAACCCUUCAGAGCCAAGGUCGAUGGAGAUCUUUGUCCACUAUUUUGGAAAUAUGUUUCCAGGAGGUUCUUUGGGAGAUGUUAAACCCAAAGAUCCUGAUGUUCAGGAUAGAUUCCACUGUUCUCUCAUUCCUCCAUCAUCCGGUAUGUUUAAUAUCCCCACUGGAACAUGUAACCUCAAUUCUAAGCCUCGUUCAACAGAUGGAACUUUUGAAUUAACGAUCCGUAGCAGCGAUGGCGUCCACGGGUCUGUCAGCAGUACAGCCCGAAUUUUCUUCAUGGGAUACAAUAAUGCCACAGUGGACAACAGCAUACUCAUCCGUCUCCACUCUGAAGGCAUCAAAAGCUUCCUCACCAAUCACUACCUCAGCUUCUUACGCAUUGCCAACUCUCAGCUAGCAGGACUGGGCACAGGGGUGCUGCUUUAUGGUGUAUUUGAGCUCAACAAUCAGACUUUCCUCAUGGCAGCUGUGAAACGGGGCCACGGACAAUAUGUAAACCCCAGUGGUGUGGCCACAUUCUUCCAGAGUAUCAAAGACAUUUUACACAGACAGAGCGGUGUGCAAAUAGAUGCGGUGGACCAUGAUCCCUGCACUCAUAACCCAUGUCAGAAUGGAGGCAGCUGCAAAAGGCGUCUCAGUGUCGGGCCCGAUAUGAAAACUGAAGAAAGUGUCCCAGUGAUCUUGGUUUCCAACCACCCCCUGCAGCCAUAUGCCUGCAGCUGCAGACCAGGAUACACAGGAGCACUGUGUGAAACAGACAUUGAUGAGUGCCAGCCUUCACCCUGCCACAAUGGUGGCACCUGCCACAAUCUGGUUGGGGGCUUCUCCUGCACCUGUCCUGAAGGUUUCACCGGGAUGGCCUGUGAAAGAGAUGUCAACGAAUGCCUUUCCAAUCCCUGCAAGAACGGCGCGCUAUGCCAGAACUUCCCAGGUGGCUUCAACUGCCUCUGCAAAUCUGGCUUUGCAGGUAAAAUGUGUGAGUCCAUCAUCAAUCACUGUGAGUGUAACCCUUGUUUUAAUGGCGGCUCCUGUCAGAAUCGCGUGGACGGAUAUUACUGUCAUUGUCCAUUUGGGGUUUUCGGAAAGCACUGUGAGCUGAACAGUUAUGGCUUUGAGGAGUUGUCCUACAUGGAGUUUCCGUCUCUGGAUCCCAACAAUAACUACAUAUAUAUCAAAUUUGCCACCCUGAAGAGCAACGCACUGCUCAUGUACAACCAUGAUAACCAGACUGGAGACAAGGCGGAGUUCCUGGCACUGGAGAUCUUUGAAGGGCGGAUGCGCUUCUCCUUUAACUUGGGAAGUGGAACUUAUAAACUGAUGACCAUGAUCAAAGUUUCAGACGGCCAGUUCCACACAGUCAUUGCCAGGAGAGCUGGGAUGGCUGCUUCACUGACAGUGGACCUGUGCGGCGAUGACCAGGAACCAGGUUACUGUGCUGUGAGUAACGUGGCAGUUCACACCGACUGGAUUCUGGACAUUCAGCCCAACAGGCUGUCAGUAGGGGGCGUCAGAUCAAUAGAGCCCGUCCUUCAUCGGCACGGCCAGGUCGCCACCCAUGACUUUGUUGGCUGCAUCAUGGAGUUUGCCGUCAAUGGCCGCCCAUUGGAGCCUAGUCAGGCGCUGGCAUCGCGUGGCAUCCUUGACAGAUGUCCAAGACUGGAAGGAGCCUGCACGGCCAGCCCCUGCAGACAUGGGGGCACCUGCUUGGACCACUGGUCGUGGCAGCAGUGUCAGUGCAUGGACGGAUUCACUGGCAAAUACUGUGAUAAAUAUAUAACAGCAGACACGGCUCUGUCGUUAGAUGGAACUGGUCGUCUGGACUACUCCCUGAGGCAGGGCCCGAAACGUGACAUUCUGCUGAGACAGGCGAUGGAGGGUGCGACCUCUGAACCAACUCGUCCCAGUAGCCUGGAGGUCAAAUUCAGGACGCGGAGCAAGAGCGGUACUCUGCUGCAUGUGCAGGAGAGCAGCAACUACACGACGGUCAAGCUGAGAAAUGGAAACAUCCACUACAUCUCAGAUGCAGGCAUCGCUGGAAAGGUGGAGCGGACUGUUGGGGACGCGGUGCUAUCAGACGGCCAGUGGCACACUCUCCACCUGCUCAGGAACGGCUCAAACACUGCACUACAUGUGGACGACAUCCACACCAAGAUCAUUCAACACAUCACCCAGGACUUUGGAGGUCUCAGUGUUUCAACCUUUUCCCUGGGAGGGAUCCCGCCUGGACCGGCUCAGCAGAAAAUGGCAGCGGGUUUCGAUGGCUGCUUGGCCUACGUGAAGUACAACGGGGAGAUCUUGCCAUUUACUGGAGAAAACAGCCUAGUUACGUUAACCAAGACAAGUCUGUCUGUCAAGAUUGGUUGCAGGGGUCCCAACCUGUGUGAGAGCAACCCAUGCUGGGAUGGCUUGAUGUGCGUCAACCAGUGGUACACAUACCAGUGUGUCCCACCGGGCGACUGCGCCUCCAGUCCCUGCCAGAACCACGGAAGCUGUGUGCCAGACCGCUUUGGUUUCAGCUGCGUCUGCUCCGAGUUCUACACAGGGAAGUCUUGUGAGACGUUAGUGGCCUGUCUGGGUGUGCAGUGUCCUCAGGGUACCGUAUGUAAGACAGCCAGCAAUGGUGGAUAUGUCUGCAGCCCAAGCCCCGCUGCAGACGAGAUGAUACUGCCCAUCUGGGCAGUUCCGGCUAUUGUUGGUGGCUGCGCGACCAUCCUCGCCCUGGUUGUGCUCAGUCUGAUCCUGUGCAACCACUGCAAGGACCGAAACAAGACUAAAGUACCAAAAGAACCCAAGGAGAAGAAACCCAAGGAGAAAAAGAAGAAGAAAAAGAAGAAGGGUAGUGAGAAUGUUGCGUUUGAUGAUCCAGAUAACAUCCCCCCAUAUGGCGAUGACAUGACUGUACGGAAGCAACCAGAAGGGAACCCCAAACCCGACAUAAUUGAGAGAGAGAAUCCUUAUCUGAUUUAUGAUGAGACAGACAUUCCCCACAACAAUGAGACUGUCCCCACUGCGCCCUGUGCCCCCUGCAAUGGCCCAGAUGCAGAUAUUGAGCACUAUGAUAUAGACAAUGCUAGCAGUAUUGCACCAUCAGAUGCUGAUAUCAUCCAGCACUACAAGCAGUUUCGUAGCCACACACCCAAGUUCUCAAUCCAGAGACACAGCCCGCUGGGCUUUGCAAGACAGUCCCCCUUACCCCUCGGAGCUACGAGCUACACCUACCAGCCUCAGUACACCCAAGCCCUGAGGUCCACCCAGCUCAGCCACUCCCAUUCAGCCUGUCCCACCCCAAACCCUCUCUCCAGACACAGCCCAGCCCCUUUCACCAAGCCCUCAUCUUUUUAUCGAAACACGCCAACCAGAGAACUUAAUUUGUCGCGUCGUGAGGGCAGCCCACUGGACUUGCAUAAUGACGUCUGCCAGCCACCGCCAAUGUUCAAUUAUGCCACCCGGCUGGGGAGGCGUAGCAAGAGCCCGCAGACCAUGGCCAGCCAUGGUCACACCUCCAGGCCAGGCAGCCGCCUGAAGCAGCCAAUUGAGCAGAUCCCACUGGAGACAGGACCGCCUGUGGGGCUAUCUAUCGAGGAAGUGGAGCGCCUGAACACUCCACGCCCUCGCAACCCGAGCAUCUGCAGCGCCGAUCAUGGGCGCUCUAGCUCAGAAGAAGACUGCCGCAGGCCAUUGUCAAGGGUCCGCAACCCUGCCGAUGGCAUCCCUGCUCCAGAGUCCUCUUCAGAAAGUGACUCACAUGACUCCUUCACCUGCUCCGAGAUGGAGUAUGACCGGGACAAGCCUGUGACAUACAGCUCCCGGGUUCCUAAACUCUCCCAAGUCAAUGAAUCAGACGCUGACGAUGAAGACUAUGGUGGAAGGCUCAAGCAGAGGCGAUACUCUAGCCGGAGGGCUGAAGGGGGACCUGGCACUGCCCCGAUGCCCCCUGUAGACCAGCAUUACACCUUGUCCCACAAACUGGGCCAGCAAACUGGGAGCUUCAACUGGGACAAUCUGUUAAACUGGGGCCCCGGCUUUGGACAUUAUGUAGAUGUGUUCAAGGACCUAGCUUUGCUGCCGGAGAAUGCAGCAGCAAAAGACAUUGAAAUGAACAGUGGUGACGGUUCUGUGACCAUUCUAAAUGAAGGAGAAGCUGAACAGUAUGUAUGAGGCUAUUUAUUACAAUGUUGUAGAAUAUGGUGACCUUCUCCCUUAAAAAGAAAACUGUAUAUUGCGAGAGAACUUUGGCGUACAUGCUGUUUGUUUUUUACUUUAUUCAAAAUGAUAAGACGACUUGCAAUGCAGUAAGGCAGAAAACGCUUCCUGUAACAUGACUGAUUUUGUCUUUGGCGCCAUUGGAUGACUUUAAAGGCCUUUUAUAAACCCAGACUCAACUAGACCAACAUUACAACAUAUUUUGUGAAACUGAAUGGCUUAAGAGAAACAUUAAAUCUAAAUCAAAAAUUUCUGUUCCUCAUUACCUACUGAACAUUGCCUGUCCGUUGCAGUAAUGUCAAUCGAAUUCACAGCUUAGAGAUAGGAGUUGAGGUGACAUUAAUAAUCACAUUUGCCAGUUUAGUAAUAAAGACCUACCACUCGACCUUCUCCCUGUCAUUAUUAAGUAGUUUUUUCAUAAUUAUAAGUUCGUAAGUCAGAAGUAUGAGAUUUCAUAAUUGUAGUUCAGCAUCUCACAGUUACGACUCAGAAAUUCCAAUCAACAUAAAAACAUUCACCCAGUUUUAAACCAUAUGACGGGCGAGCCUGGUGUGGCACAAAGGUGUUAUAGGGCUGGUGUUGAUGUGUCGUAAUUAUGUUUUAGCAUCUGAUGAUUAUGACUUAGUGUCUCAUAAUUUUGACUCACCAUCUUAUAAUUAUCACUCAGCAUUUCAUAGUAAUGUUGUAAUUAUAACGUAGUGUCAUGACUUUUCUCGUCAUCAUGAUUCAGGAUGUCAUAAAUAUGACAUGGCAUCUUGUAAUUAUGACUUAGCAUCUCAUUCGUUAGUAGUUAGCAUCUGGUAAAUAUGACUUGGUGUUUGUAAUAAGUGUGUUUCUGGGUGCUUGCGGAGAUUUGGUGAAAUUUUCCAACAGUUCCAAGAUUAACUAUGUCCACAAGCAUUUGUGAAUUUUAGUUUGGGUCAAAACUGUUCUUCAUCUGUGUUUCUGAUCUUAGUUCAGUCAAAGGCAGUGUUAUUUGUCGGGGAGACUACAUUAGCAUUUUCUGACUAGCCAAGCGUUCCAGGAAAUGAUGAUGUACGGAUCAUGUCAUCAUGACCCCAAACUAAAAUAUGUUGAAUUGUGUACAUUUUGUUGCUGUUCAUGAGGAAUCAUGGAGCCAUGUGUUGGUGUCCUUGUCCAUUAUUUUGACUUGUACGGUUUCUACAUUUUUGUACUGUUUAUUAACUUAAAUUACUUAAGCUGUGUUUUUAUGGAUAUUUUCAUACGCUGAAAUGUAUGUUCUUACUUUCAGGGAAAGUAAGAUUGAAGACUUAUUUUUUACAUUUGUUACAUAUGUAACAUCAAUAUUUUCCACUUUUGAUAAAACUAUAACAUGCUGUAUGCUUUGUACCUGUAAAAAGACAAUAACAGAAUAAAAAAGGUAUUUAUUUAA